UUUUAUGGAGUACCUCCUCUGAUCCGGUAGCGUCUGGGAACCAGGAGGCUUCACUUUCGUUGGGAUCCUUCCCCAAAAUGUGCUAAAAGAUGCUUCUGUAAUAUUUUUUUUAUUAUUGAUCCGGAUUCGAUCAGCAUCCUCGGUGAAUGGUGAAUCCUUUCGUUCACAUGGUGGAUAUACAGUGCCACAGUGGCACCCCCCCACCCCCUCUGCCCUCCCCCAGUCACAAGCCUCUCUCUGACUGAGCACAUAGUCGGCCGCAAUGAGGAGAAUAACGGGCAAGUCGAAGGAUGAAACUUUGAUCGAGCUGCAGAACACCACCGACUUUCACACCGGAGAUGGCCUUGCCGUGCUGACUGCGUUCAGGACCAACCUGCACACAGAUGAAAACGGUGGAAAUGGCGUCAAUUCAUUAUCUGAGAGGGAAACGCUGCCAGGACAUACUGAGACUGAGAAGUUACAACCCAACAAGGACACUGUGUUCUUUCGGGAUGGCGUGCGGAGGAUCGACUUUGUGCUGUCUUACGUGGACGACAAAGACGGAGAGAAGAAACAGGAGAGGAGGAGGGAGUUUGAAGCCAACCUUGAAAAAGCUGGACUGGAACUGGAGACAGAAGACAAAACUGACUCCAAAGACCAAAAAACAUACUUCCUGAAGAUCCACGCUCCGUGGGACGUUCUGGCUACCUACGCCGACGUCUUGAAGAUCAAGGUCCCCUUCAAGGCUAGCGAUAUCCCUCACGGCCAGGAUGUUCCUCUGGAAUGGCUCUCGCAUCCUUUCCGCUUACCCGAACACAUCAUGCACCCUCAGCCCGAUUAUUUCACGUAUCCCUUCGACAAACGCAAGACUGACUUCUUCCUCAUUAACGACAAGGACACCUUUUUCCCGCCUUCCACCAGAAACAGAAUCGUGUUCUACAUCUUGGCUCGAUGUCCGUACUACAAAGAUGGCGGACUAGCUAAAGACAAAACAGGGAUUAAGAGACUACUCAGCAACGGGACGUACACAGCAGCGUUCCCGCUUCAUGAUUGUCGUUACUGGAAGAGGGCAAGAGACGCCGAAUGUGAGAGCGAGCGCUACAACCUGUACAAGCACUGGGCAAGGUUUCUGUGCUUUUACAAAGAACAGCCGCUUAACCUCAUCAGGAAGUACUACGGGGAAAAAAUCGGCAUCUACUUUGCGUGGCUGGGCUUCUACACCGAGAUGUUGUUCUUUGCAGCCGUCAUGGGUUUCAUAUGUUUCACCUACGGGGUGCUAAGCUACGACGACAACAUAUCCAGCAAGGAGAUCUGUGACCGUAACAUUGGAGGUAGCAUCGUCAUGUGCCCGUUAUGCGACAAAAAGUGCUCUUUCUGGAAGCUCAACUCCACAUGCCUCUCAUCCUGGCAAUCCCAUCUUUUCGACAAUGAGGGGACCGUGUUCUUUGCCAUAUUCAUGGGGAUUUGGGUAACUCUCUUCUUGGAGUUCUGGAAGCGGCGUCAGGCCCGGCUGGAGUACGAGUGGGACCUGGUGGACUUUGAAGAGGAACAGCAACAGCUUCAAAUCCGGCCCGAGUUUGAAAUCCGAUGCACCAACAGGAGACUCAACAAGAUCACUCAGGAAAUGGAACCGUAUCUCCCUAUCACCAGCAAGUGUGCCCGCUUCUGCCUUUCUGGAACCACAGUCAUCUUCUGGAUCUCUCUGAUUCUGGCCUGUAUUAUCGGCGUCAUCGCGUACCGACUGGCCGUGUAUGCCGCCUUUGCCAGUAUCAUCAAGGACCCCAUGAGGAAGAUCCAGGUGGUGGGCAGGUUCAUCACGCCACAACUGGCCACUUCUGUGACUGCUUCCUGUAUCAACUUUGUCAUCAUCAUGAUCCUCAACUUCUUCUACGAGAGGGUGGCGGUCUGGAUCACAGAUAUGGAGAUCCCAAAGACCCAUUUGGAGUACGAGAACCGGCUCACCAUGAAGAUGUUCCUCUUCCAGUUUGUCAACUAUUACUCCUCCUGCUUCUAUGUCGCAUUCUUCAAGGGAAAAUUUGUGGGUUUCCCUGGUGAAUAUUCAUAUAUGUUUGGAAAGUGGAGCAAACUGAGGAACGAAGAGUGUGACCCUGGAGGCUGUCUGAUUGAGCUGACCACUCAGCUGGUGAUUGUCAUGGCAGGAAAACAACUAUGGGGAAACAUCCAGGAAGCCCUGCUGCCGUUGAUGCGAAACUGGUGGAGUAGCCGAAGAGGACGCCACCAUCCUGAGAAUCAUUACAGCCGCUGGGAGCAGGACCACGUCCUGCAGAACUUCAGCCAGCUUGGAUUGUUCUACGAGUACUUGGAGAUGGUCGUCCAGUUUGGCUUCAUCACGUUGUUUGUGGCCUCGUUUCCUUUGGCUCCUGUCCUCGCUCUUUUCAACAAUAUUCUGGAGAUUCGGGUGGACGCUUGGAAGUUCACCACGCAGUUCAGACGACCCGUUGCAUCCAAGGCUCGAAACAUCGGCGCAUGGCAGGAGAUUCUCAACGCAGUCGCCAUAUUGUCUGUGGUUACCAAUGCCUUCAUCAUGGCGUUCACCUCGGACAUGAUCCCCCGUUUGGUCUACCUCUAUGCGUACAGUAAAGAGGCCUCCAUGAGGGGCUACGUGAACAACAGCUUGUCGGUAUACAACAUCUCGCAGAUCCCUGAACACAACAUGCCAGAAGAGCAAGCCAGCUGGUUUGAUAAUUCAACCGCCAACUGCAGAUACCGAGAUUAUCGCUACCCCCCGGGGCACCACAAGGAAUAUACCCACACCAUGCAGUUCUGGCACAUACUCGCCGCCAAAAUGGCCUUCAUCAUCAUCAUGGAACACGUGGUGUUCGUGGUGAAAUUCUUCGUAGCGUGGAUGAUUCCGGACGUGCCUUCGGAUGUGAAGGCGCGCAUUAAACGGGAACGCUACCUGAUUCAAGAGUACCUGCAUAACUACGAAGUGGAGAGGCUGAAACUUCAACUGAGCGCCAGUUUCGUCACCGAGACGUCCACGGAAUUGGAUAAGCAUGAAGUGCUGUCCGAGUGCCUGUGAACCGGAAUGCCGGUUUGAAACUGCUGAUGCUAGCAUCCAAAAUGCUAGUUUUUUUUCUUCUUUGUUUUUUUUAAUGGGCUUAAUCACCUGCUAUGAAAUAUUCCUAUAUUAGGAUGCCAGCGUCUACUUCUUGAGUGCAUGUAGCGUUUGUGUGCCGUAGGAAAGCGGAAAAUGCCUUCUUUCCUUCCUCUUCCGUAUAUAUUUAAGUCUUUUUUUUAAUUUAAAAUAUUUUCACCUCCUGCAUGUGAUAAAGCAGGGGUCUCAAAUAUGCGGCCCGCGGGCCGAAUGUGGUCCGCCGGACACUACUUUGAGGCCCCCCGCCUCGAGUUUGAUAUGGAUGCCGUAUGGUAUCAUGUACCCAGAAAAAAAAUCAUUACGUUUUUAUUAAUGUUCAUGUUAAAGGUUAAAUAACUGUUAAUAGUUGUCCUCCCUAUCCGUGUGGAAGUGGUCAUUUUUUUGGCGGUUUAAGUUGAAAGGAAAUAACUUGAAGGCUACCGUUUAGGUGGCUAGCGCUCUAGUUUGCGAGUUAGCAUGUGUCUCAAGACCCCUUGCAGUUGCGCAAUAUGUUGUAAAUAAAAAAAAAGAGUAUAAAUGUGACUAUAGUCGUGUUUUGUCAUGUCUACAGGGCUCUAAUAAUGCUUUGUUCAUUUUAAUAUGAAAAAAAUUAAUUUGUCUACCCGCCGACUAUAUGUGGUUUUUUAAGUUUUUAUUAUUUGCUGUUUUAUUAUUAUUAUUAUUAUUAUUAUAUUUAUUUAUUACUGAUUUAUUGAUUUUAAUUAUUCUUGAUUUGUUUAUUUAUUUUUCAUAUUAUUUUGUGUAGAAAAAUAAAAAGUAAGAUAUAAAAACCAAAGCGAAGUUUUUUAAAUUUUAAUUAAUACGUUUUUUUUUUUAAUAAAAUAAAUUUUAAUAAAUGUGUUUUUUUUUUUUUUUUUUUUUUUUAAACCUGAUGCGGCCCAGUCUCACCCAGACCCGAGCUCCAGUGCCCCCCCCCCCAAGUAAAUUGAGUUUGAGACCCCUGUGAUAAAGCUAUACUGUAUAUUGUACUGUACUGCUGAUGACAAAUAUUCUCAUUGCUGAUGGUGAUAAUGGGAUAAUAAUCAUAAUGAAAUAUGUAAAAGCUAUAAGAUUCCCACAUAUGUCGCUUAAGUGUUUUAUGUUGUGUCCAAAUAAAAGGAACCUCUUGUAACUAUCUUAUAUAUUUACU